AGUGGCGUCCCGGUGCCGUUCGGUCUCCCGGGAAGUGGGGGGGGCAUUGAUCCCGUGCCCAAGUGUGCCCGUAUUUUCCUUUGGGAAUGUGGCGGAGGCCGGGAGUCUAGCCCCGAGGGGUUCCACUACAUUGUCAUAGUUACAGGGGCUGGAACCAGUUUAUCACUAUGGGGGUAUAGCCAAAACUAUGUAUUUUGCACCAUCUAUGUCAUUUCUGAUGGACUAUUAAUAAAUGGAUUGUUUGCAGCAGCUGCCCAGGGGCACACCUGACACCUCAGGUAACAACAUGAACAUUUAAUUCAUAUCUGCAACGUAAGAAGAAACCUACAUCCCUAGCUUUAUUCUUUCCUGUCACCCCCUGUGCCACUGAGGCCAAAAUUGGCUCGUCCUUCCUUCUCACUGCCUCAUUUGGAAUCAGUAAUGGCUGAUGACUCUCAGAGGAACUUUCGCUCAGUGUAUUAUGAAAAAGUGGGGUUUCGUGGAGUUGAAGAAAAGAAGUCACUGGAAAUUCUGUUAAAAGAUGACCGUUUGGAUAUUGAGAAGCUUUGCACAUUUAGUCAAAGGUUUCCACUCCCAUCCAUGUAUCGUAUACUGGUGUGGAAAGUGCUUCUAGGAAUUAUUCCUCCUCACCAUGAAUCUCAUGCUUUGGUGAUGAAGUGCCGAAAGGAGCAGUACUGGGAUAUACACCAUGCUCUUCGUGUAAUUCGCUUUGUUAAUGAUUCUACCCCACAGGUAGAUGUUUUCCUGCGCAUCCAUCAACUGGAAUCAGGAAAAUUGCCUCGAAACUUGGCUUUCUCAUUGGUCAGUGAACUGCAAGUCACCUCACAAAUGCAUGUAGAUAGACAAGAACCUGAAGAUGAAGUGUUUCUUGUUAUUGCUAAAGCAAUGGAGGAAAUGGUGGAGGAUCCUGUAGAAUGCUAUUGGCUUGUCAGUUGCUUUGUGAAUCAGCUGAACAGCAAGCACAAAGAUUCAUUACAACAACUGCCAAAAGUUCUGGAGCAGUAUUUGAACAUUGAAGAUAACAGACUCCUGAUGCAUCUGAAAGCAUGUGCUGCAAUGAGCAAGCUCCCUUAUGAUCUUUGGUUUAAAAAGUGUUUUGCAGGAUGUUUACCUGAGUCCAGUUUACAGAGGGUUUGGGACAAAGUUAUUAGUGGGUCCUGCAAGAUUCUCGUUUUUGUUGCUUUGGAGAUAUUAUUAACCUUUAAAAUGAAGAUAAUAGCGCUAAAUACUGCAGAAAAGAUCACACAGUUUUUGGAAAAUAUUCCUCAAGACAACACUGAUGCCAUUGUCAGCAAAGCUGUUGAUCUGUGGCGCACACACUGUGGGACUCCAGCACACUCAGUCUGAGAACUCUCUUUGCUUGUGACAACUUGGGAAAAAAAAGACAUUUGAAAAGACAUUAUACCACUCUUCCCCCAUCCUAGUGUGAUGUUCUUCAUUAACCUAUGUAAAAAUGCUAUUAAAGCAUAGUGACCAAUUGGCAGAGACUGAAAAGGUUAAUGAUUUGCGCAUUCUAGAAUCUCCAGGUUUUUUGCAGGCUGGGAAGAGGCGGCUGCUCACCCAGCAGGGCCCAUCCCCCCACUAGUGCUGCUGAGGGGUCGAGUCCUGAAAAGGCGGGAAGUGCCAUAUUUGCCAUGCCCUUCUCAUGAACUCUGCGUGUCUGGCCUGGGCUGUUGGAGGCUUGUGGCACGCCUGUCAAAGCCCAUCCCCGCGCCAAUCCUGAAAGGCGAGAAAAACCCUUUUACCAUGCCCCUCACAGGAGCUCUGCGCAUGCCCAGGAGACGUUGGAGGCUCGUGGCAUGGCCCAUGACACUAUUCCAUGGUAAAAUUCCCCACUUCGGGGAGGUACAAGGUGUUCUGGAAGUAUAUGAUAACUCAUAAAUUCUUUGAGUGUGUGGACCUCCCUCCCCCACCCCCAACGGAUCAAGACCACCACUUCAACUAAUAGACAUUGAAGCUGCAACCCCAAGUUUCAUCGCUGGACCCUGUGUGCAUUGACUAUAUAUAUCUUUCCACCUUUAUCCUUUCUUUCCCUUUCUCUCCCUUUCUCUCCCUUAUGCAUUUCCUUAAGUGUUAUCCUAAUGAUUGCCGUAAUGCUAUAGAUGGUAGAUAUAGACGGUAACACCCAAAAUGGCACCAUACCUGUUUACCUUUGAAACAAAAUUGUUCUAAAAUAAACCCUACAUAUAUAUGUUUUCAAACACUGAUUAUUCAGUGUCGUUUUCACUCUAAUCCACUCCAAGGAAUUUAUUAAUAAGAACCUGGGUAAACCCCCCCCUCCUUUCUGGGGUGGGUCACAACACCAAUAUGUAAAUAUUUUUCAAUAAAUACUGGUGGAAUGAA